AUGGAUACAGAUGUCGGGUACAGUGACAAAUUUUGCUUUGGGGGUCAAGAGAUGUUCGACCACCAUGGAAGCUCUGCUGCUGACUACUUAACUGGUAAGUCAGGCGGACGGUCAAAGGAAGCCGAGGAGAUCCAAAUGCAAGCCAUGGAUACCUCCAAGCAAGUGCUCAAACCAGAGGAUCCCGACACUCUGAUCAGCAUAGCCAACCCAGCAUCUACACACCGGAACCAGGGACGAUGCAAUGAGGCUGAAAAGCUGAGGUGGAAGUUCUAG